AUGGUGGGCUAUGUUGUUCAAGAUGACAUUCUUAGUGGAACACUCACUGUACACGAAAAUAUUUUCUUCUCUGCUAAUCUUCGCCUACCUUACACAAUGACCCAUAAACAACGGUUAGCACGUGUUGAGGAAGUCAUUGAACAAUUGAGUCUACGUUCAUGUGCAAAUACCCGAAUAGGUACAGAAUUGAAACGUGGUGUAUCUGGCGGGGAACGAAAGCGUACUUGCAUCGCUAUGGAAUUGGUCUUGUCUCCAAAAAUUUUGUUUCUUGAUGAGCCAACCACAGGUCUUGAUGCCUCAACAGCAUGUGAUGUGAUGAAAUGCUUGAAAAACCUUUCAAGAAAUGGAUGUACCAUUGUUUUUUCGAUUCAUCAACCGCGGCAAUCAAUCUUCGAACUAUUUGAUACUGUCUUGCUACUUUCUAAUGGACGUAUAGUCUAUCUCGGACCAUCAAAUAGUCUGCAUACUUAUUUUAUUGAUCAUGGAUUUCCAUGCCGAGAAUCUAAUAAUCCAGCAGAUUUUGCGCUCGAUUUACUUAUUCAAGAAGCUCGUAAUGAUCGCAUAACAAAUCUAUACGAAGCAUAUCUUAAUUCCUCAAUGCAUAAUUUGAUGAUAAAUCGCUUAAAAGACAUUUCACAUGAUUCGAGUAAUGCAAGAGUCCAAGAAGAACAACCACUCCGAAAUAUCGCAUCAGAUCUUUUCUAUGUUUCUCAACGUACUCUACGUAAUGCAAUACGAAAUUCAGCACUAUUGGCAUGGCAAAAUGCAGUCGCUAUUAUUCUUGCAGUACUUACGGGUCUACUCUAUUAUCAACUGCCACAAACAAUAGGUUCAGGAGUACAAAAUCGUCUUGGAGGUCUUUUCUUUGUUAUAGUGAAUCAAAUUUUUAGUACUGCCACAGCACUAGAACCAUUUAUCAAGGAACGUGCACUCUUUAUUCAUGAACAUGUCAGUGGUUACUACAAUAUGCCAACAUUAUUCUUUGCAAAAUUAUUGUGCGAUGUUGUACCAAUGCGAGUUGUGCCAUCAGUGAUAUUCAGUGUCAUUUGUUAUCUCAUGAUGGGAUUACAAAAAAAUGUUGACAAGUUCUUUAUCUUUCUUUUGACUAUCUUCAUGGCUAACAUAUUUGGUUCAGCUACAUGUUUCUUCAUUGCUGCAAGCAUGUCCGUUUUUGGUAGGACUUGUCUUUCAUUUUUUUAG